AUGAUGGGGCUCCUACAAGCAUUCACCGGACGAGGUGAUACCGACAAAGAAGUAGAGCCUCCGAAGAAACUAGAUACCGUCUUCAAGUUUUACAGGUACAAGAGAGACUUCAACCAAUUCGUGGCGGAUUUGACCAAGGUAAUGGAGGAGAAUGCCGUUUCAUUUCGGGUAACUGGCAACAAUAUUGGGGAAAAGUUUCACCGGGUUUUCGAGCUUCAAUUGUUGAGAAGCGACGAGGCUCAUGACCCCGAGCUGAAGUCCAUAAUGGAUGAUGUGUUGUUAAGGAGAGGCGUUACUUCUUUCGGAGCGGGCCCUCAUUUUGACGACAGAAUGGUUGUUUUUUUAGUUCGUUACACAAAGUACAUCCGUGAAGGGCAUGAGAUGCCUAUUCCAACAAUGGGGUCGUGCUUUUACGUGGAUGGAGAUGAGUUGAGAUUGUUUCCUGGUCCGAAAUUCCCAAUGUCUCAUCUGCUCAACGGGGUGGGUUCCGAAAGGGACUUGACUUCUGUGCACGAGAUAACCAAUGAAGCUUCUAUCAAACUCAAAGUUGAGUUCAAGGAAGCAUCCUGGUUUUACCAAGAUGCGUUUCACCGUGUCGUGCUUCCUGGUAUGCCAGUUUCAGAUUUCUUAUCACUAUACCUUGAAGCAUCCGGUGAAAGCGAGAAGGAUGACAGGUUGAUCGAGCCCUUUUUCGUUUCGGAAAUCUGUCUCGAACUACAAGAGUUUCUAGCUGUACGCAAGGAAGGCCGUAUUUAUCGAGAAGUGCGCAGACUGGAUUUACUAAGAACACUGCUCUUUGAAUUUUUGCCGCUUUCGAGAGAUUCUUUUUCGUUAUCGCCCGAUUGGUUCUCCUGCGAGUUGCCAAACAUUGGCCCGACGUUUUUCACCAAAGACUUAACGAGAAGCUAUGGCUUGAACGUAUCUGUCAGAAUCUCACACAAGAGUAUCCCGAAUUUCAACGUGUCUGUAUUCAUUGAGCUCAAUGUUGCACAAGAACAGCUGGAGCGAGUGGAUUCAUCCACGGUCAAAUAUUUUGAUGCGUUCCGUGGUCGUGGUUGCAAAACUAAAGCUAUGAAUUUGGAGGAUACCCGAGGUUUGAUGCCCUUUUUGAUCCACUGCCAGCAUCACCCUUACCUUUUGGAAAUGAAAGACAGGGAACCAACCGAACCACUGGGAAAGGAGUCAACCAGGUCUCAAGCCAGUUCUGAACUGGCAUCUGAGAAUUCACCCUUAGAUGACGCUCCAUGGAAAUCCCUCCAGCGCACUGGCCCUUCGGAAGAGAAGAGUGUUGAGGUGUCCGAUUCCUCUGGUCCUCAAACCCCUGAGCAGCCUCACCCUUCUGACGCCGAAAAUCCCUACUCUGAGCCUGUUCCAAGAGUUACAGAUUUGGAAAGUUCCGGCAAUGACUCCGGUGCUCAGACUGACAAGAGGGAGCUUGCAAAUUACAGCUUGAGGAAUACUUCUGACAAUGACGCCUAUCAAAAGUUCAGGAACAGGUGGAUCAUGCUCAGAACUUACACCCAACUCCUUUUGUUCUUUGUUAUUUUGGGUGCAUGUCUCGGAUGCUAUUUCAAUGAGACCAUUGCUCCUUUUAAAGGCGACUUCGAACUUGUGUGUUACAAGCAGCCCGAAGCCUGUAAAGGACCAGCACAAAGCAUCUGGCACACGUUCGAGAAGGAAAUUUGUUCGCCAGCUAAUGAACAAGACUUCUGUGGUGAAGAGGUAGAAGAGAUGUGGAAAAGGUACGAACACGCCGUAUGGGGCAAUCGUGAUGAAAAUCUCAAGAAGUUGCAUAUGCGUAUGAUCUGGAAAAGAUACGAGCCUUCCACCACAAUGUGGAUUGCGCCUCAAGAAUGGCCUGAUACAUUGCAAGAGCUAUGGGAUGAGCUUCAAAUUGCAGAUUGGCCGGCUAGAGUACACCAGACGUGCUACACAAUUCAGCGGUUCAAUUACCAACUAGGCCGCGAAGAAAGUUUGCAGGAGAAAUGGGCGAUAACUCAAAAGUUUCUCACAAUCAUAGCAACUGCUUUUGCCCUUGAACUUUGCUUGAAUUUGCCGAUGUUUUUCGAUGCAUGGACCUUAGCCGUUGGUAAUUUGAUAUGUCUCUGCUUGUCCUUCAUCGUAUACCUUCUACCCCUCGAAACGCAAUAUCCAAAGUCCAUAGCGGUUGCCGCAGCAGCUACUCAUAUCUUGGCCAUUUCCUUAAUUGGGCAUGCACUCAAUCUUUAUGUCAGCGACUACGAGAUUUGA